GUUCCCAGUUACAUUUUGUGAUGACAUAGCCUCUCUCUCAGAACACUUGUCCAAAAUGCACGUCAUCCUUGAAAGCCCCAAUGGUUGGUUUGACAUACUCAGCAUUCAGCUACAGAGGCCACCACUGCACUCUGCUGCCUGUAAUUGCUAAAGAAGUAAAUAUCUGUCUCUGAUCUGCUGAAGAGGAAGUUGAGAGAGGCUAGUCUCAUUUUCAUGAGAAUGGAAAAGUCCCUCUGGCUCAGAGUGAGGACAGCCACUAAGGGUUAUAACCUUCUCUACUUGGUGCAGUUUUUGCUCUGACAUCACAGAGAACCUCUGUGAUGGAAGAAUGAGUAUCCUCUGUAUAAGACUGUGGACCGGCCUGUUGUAUUUGUCCAUACAGAGCAGGGAGCUACUUUUGGUGACCUGUGGGACUACUUCGUAGCUGUCUAGCUUGUGGAUUGCCGAUUGUUGAACCUCACAACUUGUGUGUACCAGAGCACAGGGAAAAGUCAGCCUCAUGGCCAGCAACUCCAAAAAGAAGAGCUUGGAAAGUCAGUAUAGGGUUCUUUUCUAUCUUGGUGAGGGUACAUUUGGCACAGUUAAAUUGGCCUUGCACCUGAAAACAGAGGCCCUGGUUGCCGUAAAAAUGAUAGAGGUCAACGAGAAGACCCUCAAGGCUAUCCUGGUAGAACAAGAAAUACUGGCGACACUCAACCAUCCUAAUAUCAUUCGCCUCUUCCAGGUUAUAUUAACACCAGGCUGCGUCAACUUCAUACUGGAGUACGCAUCAGGAGGGAACUUAUUUGAUUUAAUACAAGAGCAUGGCCCACUGCAGGAGGAAGAGGCAAAACAUAUAUUCGGACAAUUAGUGGCCUCUGUCAAGUAUUGUCACAACCUUAAUAUUGUCCAUCGAGACAUUAAACCACAGAAUGUGCUCCUCGAUGAAGAAAGAAAUGUAAAGCUGACAGACUUUGGCCUGGCCAUAAAAUGCAACCCUGGCAGAUUACUGAGCCGGAAGUGUGGGACCAAGAGGUUUUGGGCGCCAGAGAUACUGCUAGGGGAGCCAUACGACAGCAGGAAGACAGAUGUAUGGAGUCUUGGUGUGCUACUAUUCUUUAUCACCACUGGGGACUACCCCUUUGCAGGAAGUACCUUGAUAGAGUUCGAGCAAAAGCUUACCACAGGGAGCUAUUGUAUUCCACCUUACAUCUCUGUUAAACUGGAAAAUCUCAUACACCAGAUCCUCACAGUUCCCCCUGAGAAGAGGCCAUCCAUUGAAGACAUUGAGAAACAUCCUUGGGUCACGAAAUGUGAUGUAACUGUUCCGACUGAUAGCUUCCCAGAUUACACCAUCAUAGAGAUGCUCUGUGGCAUGGGUUUUGAGGCCAAUAAGAUCUUAGAAUCCCUGCAGAAGAAAAAGUUUGAUGAGAACAUGGGGACAUAUUUGCUUUUAAAAGAGCAGGUAGGCAAAGGGAUUGAGUAUACCCCUACCCCUUCUCCCAAACCUGUGGAUCUGUGCCCUGCGCCACCCCCAUCACCAGCACAUACCUCUGGUCUUCCCCAAAAGAGAAGGGCCAGUGAACCCAACUUUGGCCUCGUCUGCAUCUGGCCCUCAGGACAGCAGAGGCCUGCUGCCCUGCCACUUUCAGGACAAAAGUUGACCAGAAGUGACUCCAUGCCUCCCAUUGCUCUUUAUUUUCCUGAGAAGAAGAGCACCACUCCUAGCUGUGCCAUCUAUACCGGAGCUGUGGCUGCCCCAUGGAUCUCUGACAUCCUUUUGGAAGAUGAAACAAGCCUGCCACCUGAGGAAGAUGUUACCAUGGAAACAUCUCCCCCUAAGAAGAUUGGGUUCUUCAGAAGACUGCGCAAUCGACUCAGGAAUUGCCUCUCAAGGCUUUGUUGCAUCCCCCGGGCUCCAGAGACAAACACCCAGCGUAGAUCCUCCAAGAAAGUGGCUCCCCUGAAAGAGGUCGGAUGCAGACCCCGGUGAAAGGCUUCUCCUCUGCAGAUGACGGUGCUGCACUACCGAAGCUCAUGCUUGCAAGGCCAGGAAAGUCGUGGAUCCCUGACAAUGAGGGCAGUGGUUCAUUGUUGCUGCGGAUCACCUUUCAAAAUAACAACCCUAAACUAGAAACACAAAGUAAAAUGGUCCUACCGAUGUGAGGCUGUUCUACAGAGGGAAUCUCAUGUCCAGAUGGAAUCUCAUGUGAGGAUCUGGUUCCUGGCAGAGGAUCAAUUUCAAGGCUCUAAUGGGCCACCUCAAAAGUUUCCCUGCCAUUCAGAAGGACAACCAGGGCCUGACCCUGUGGCUGCUGUAUCAGUGUGGAGCAUCUGCCUAAAAUGGACACUAGCAUCUCUAGAUAAAGGAGAGGCUGGAGUGCCACACUUUUACUGCACACCCAACCAUUAAAACAACAGCCAACCAACUGUUGAGGUGUGUACACAAUGAUACAGGAUUCUGCACAGAGACUCCAUUCACAAAAUAGGGCCUCUUUCGUAGCCACCCAAAGCAGGCCGAUGCCUUCAGCCCCUGUACCCCAAGACCAAAUUACAGGCAUUUUUUAGGACACAUAAGCUGGUCCUUGUUUCGGUUCCUUACCCCAUUGUGUCUCCUAUCAAGAAAACUUUUCCUGUCAUUCCCAGAAUUGAAACUUGUUCCACAAUUCAGGGAACACAUGUGAAAAUAGGAUCUGGACCUCUCUGUCCUCUCGUCUCUGGACACUCUGGGUGGACCAUCUCUGGAAGAUCCUGUCCCAGCUGCAGAAUGGCAUGAGCUGUCCAUAUCUACAGAAAGAAACACUGGAGGCAAUAGAAUAUCCUGUCAAAGGCCAUUCUGCCCUUGACAAUGAUGUGAAGAUUCCGCUGUCUCCACAUGAACACACCCAGCAUGCCCCAACAUUGUGCUAUUGUCACUAUGGGGGCAAGAAGGAGAAGAGGACUAUGCAAGUAGGAUGCUGGAUGUCAAGAUAAUAAUAAUGAUUGAGUCACCCUCUAGUGAUGACGAUGAAGCUCAGGCUCUACACUUCAGUGUGAGAGCUCAGUGUUGUUUCUGGAACCGUGUCCACACCAACACCCAGAAAUCCACAGGUUUUGGAUGGUGGAUGCUUCUGACCCAACGGGGAGAGUGGAGGCUUGAGCACUUAAGUCCCUGCAGAUUUCUCAACCUGCCUGAACUCUCUGCUAAUCCAGUGUUCCAGUACUCUCCUACGGUGAGGCGAGAGAAGACCAGAGAUGUUUGCAACUCUGAUCCAGUCUAACUGAACUUCCAGUGCUCAAACACAGAGAGUGGACAGAGAUUUUCGAGGCCUCUCCAUGAAUGCUGUCCAGAAUCAAGCUAUGGGGGAGUUCAGUGUGGGAGACGUGCAGGACCUUGGAUGGAGUCUGGGAUCUAGAGAAUGAAAUGUAUCUUCAUUAGGGCCAGAAGACACAUGAGGAGUGGCCUAGUAGAUACAGAAGACACAGUGUCAUGAUGUGGAGUCCAAGGCCAAGGGAGGUUACUGAGAAAUCCAAUGCCUGUAUGAGUGAAGCUGGACAUGAACAGUGUGGAUGGACGUGGUCCCUUUCACUUCAAGCUGCAGUGUUAUCACCAGCUGCUGCAGAAGCCCAUGUCCCAGUAGACUAUCCUCUGACAAGAAUAUUAUGCCUUUUAAGCUCAUAUGAUGAUUUCUCUGUCUCCAUAUAGGAGACCAGGCCAUAAAAGGUGCUACUGUCACUGAGGAGACCGUAAUGAGAGGACUGUGACAGUGGGAGGCGUCAUGCAAAAGUGAUGUGAGGCUCAGAUGCAUCUGGAAGCUUUAUGGUGCAACCCCUUCUUCCCUAUUCAGACCUUCAUUCUAUGCUGGAGUCUUCCUAGUGACAGUCCUGUCACCAAAUGACAACAACUUCUCCCUGAUCAAUCUUGAGACUAAAGAGGCUAGAGGAGGGCCUCUACAGAUCAGUCAGUGGGUGUCCCCUGACCACUGCCACUGCAUUUUCUAGGGAUUGUGUUCUAUGUGUGGGAUGUAUGAGAGAGCUGGUCUCCCAGCUCUUGGGAUGCAGCCUGUUCCUCAUUUCCUGGACUGUGCCUGCUCCAGUCUUCCUCUUGCAUCAUGGAAGCCAUUCUUCCAGUCACAGGCUUGACUUCAUUCUUACCCACAAGGGGGAAGGGUGAAGAUUGGCUCUGAGAUGUGACCCCAGCUUCUAGACUGUCUAUGUGAGGUGGUAUUAUCUGAUCUUUUCUCAGUUGCCAUUCUAUAGUCACAGUGAUGUGCAAGGCUCUAGCUAGGUGCUAGAUCCCAGGAUCAUUAAUAUCAUGGACAACCUGUGCCCAAGAAGCUAACACACUGACACAGUCCAGGACAUCCAGGAAUACGAAGGUGGUGAGAUCAAAAGCCCUCAGAGUGUUAGGUGUUGCAACAUGCAAAAAGCCUAAAUUCUACACUCCCCUUGUGCUGGUGAUGGGAAAGUCAGAAGAUGAAGAGGCUAUCCUGAUGGCCGGACAAUGUAGCAAUCCCAGAAACAAGAGGCCAUGCUCCUGCAUGUAGAUCCACCAUUCUUCACAUAUGCAUGUUGAGUUUCUAAGCAGAUGUCCCCAGCUAUGGUUCUGACCUUCAGAAAAGCAGUCAAAGGUCAUGAGGAUUUCUGACAGAAUCAACACAGGCUGAUGCCUGUAAACCAAAGUCCUUUCCUGUUUGGAGCUGCUGAGUGUAGUCUGAACUGUGAGUCUGGACCUGCUCUCUCAGUGAAGGCACAACUUCUUGAACUCUGACUCUGAACUGUAGUUGUGGCUAAUGCUGCUUAUGAUCCAAAAAUCUAAUUCAGCAGUGAAAAUAUAAGCUUCCAACCUCUAACCUGGAACAUUCUGUCUCAAAAAGGACAGUGUGUACACUUGAAUGGAAAGACCAGAUCCUGGUGCUUUCCCACAAGAAGUUGCUGAAUGUGGCUACCUGGAAGGACAACCAAAGAGGGCUGCCAGAGAGGAGGCCACUACCAAUUAGUCAAGCAACCUCAUCUGCAUCAUCACAAGCAUCUGUAGUAUGGAGGUCUGGUAAACACGGUGUGGGCCUCUUCCUUCCCUGGAUGCCACCAUCAAGUGAGAUAUAGGUCGUUCACAUCACUGUGUGGACCUAGAAUUCCUCUGCAGGUCCUUUUACAGGAGUGGAGUCCUUCCCUCCAAGAGAGGUUAGCAACUGGUCAGACAUUCAGGCCAUUUUCUUUCUGCUAGCCUGUGCUUCUUUGAGUAGGUCCAAUUCAGUGCUACUAGUUUUAUAGGUGUAAGAACAUGAAGGAUCUGAGGCUGUGCCAGUCCAUGCUGGAGAAGUACCUGACUGGACUGAGGAGUAGAAACCUCGGCCACGGACCAUGAAUGUGCUGUUCUCCUUCCCUGGAUGACAGUCAGAACAAUGGAAUCUUCUCUGUCCUUCAGAAUUUUCUUGGUUGUUGAUUUGGGGAUCCUCAAUCUCUCAACUUAGUUCCCUAAUGUCAAGUAGUAUUGAAUAUUAGCAUCCUACUUUAUUUGCCCCUGUUAUUUCUGUCUACCUUUAUUUUGCCAGAACUUUGUAUGGCUAUGACAGUACGUUUGUAUCACUUUAGGAUUGGCAAGGCCACAUCAGGGUAACCAGAGCCCUUUCACAGGAUAGUCUUCUUGUAACACUAAUCUUGACUCAGUGGUGAGAGAGAACUUAAAACUCAGAGCAUGACCUGCCCCAGUGUGGUUCCUGAGCCUGGGAACUCAAAGCUCAACAGUCCAACCUUCUUCGUUUAUUCUGGGUUUGGACUUUUUGCAGUCUUUUCAUGUCAGUGUCAACAACUACUUCGGUAGUAGCUGGAAGUCCAGAAAUCACGGGGUGGGCGUUUCUUGAAUGAUCUUGACCCAUGUUGGGUCUUCUAACUUCUGUCUCCACAUUCAACAUUAAAUAUACCAUAUCUCUCCAAAGGUCAUGCCUGUUCCAGUAUCCUGAACUCAGUGAGGAGGUUGGAUCAAGUGUCAAAGGAAUGAAGGUCAAGCUCUGGAUUUUAUCAGAGAGUCUGAGCAAGACCACUGAUGUUCUGGGAAAAACUUGACUUUUCAGUGGGAUCUUCAUCUGCUGUACAUAACCAACAACCUCUGCUGUGAUGAAAACCAGGGAACGCUAACAAAUCUGCAUACUGCUAUAUUCCAGAGGAUGAUAAAAGGUGCUGCAGUUGGCAUGACUGCUGACAAGAGACACUCAGAGGUUCACUUCAAAUUCAAUAUUCAGAUUGUCUUCAUGGUCUUUCCUUAGUCUCCCCUUAGAGACAGAACUGAAAUUCACCCUGGACCACAUCUUUUACAUGCAGCCCCUUUGUAGGGAGGAGAACAAAGACCUGGAGAUGUCAUGCUGUUCACCUGUACAAACAGUGCAGAGGAGCAGGCAACCAACACCAGACCUUCUGGGUGCUAGGACCCUGUCACUAUCCAAGGGCUAUCUAGGAUGACUCUGUACAGGCGGUAUGGCAGAAGUUAAUUCUUUCCAAAAGAGCCUGACUGACAUAGUAAAGAGGGCUCCCACAACCUCCCUCUCGCAGUCUCCAUCAACUCUUGCAUGUCUCCUUGGCAACCACUUCAGAGAGUUUGUGAUUCUCCUGACAGGAGAGCUCCAGCAAAAUCUCGGACUUCAGUCUCAUGAUACUGAAGAGACUGUUCUAGCUGAUGAGGCCGGGCUUAGAAGAUGGACUACAGCCAAGAACCCUGGCCACCAUAACGACAAGUCACACCUUUAGGGAACACUUGAAAAGCACUUAUGCACAGUAGAAAAGUACAAGGAUUAAAGUCUCCUCAGGCAUUCCAGCAUAGAGAGAGUCUGACAGACUCAGGUCAGAGGUUACCUCCAAAUAAUAGAAGAGGAAGAAGGUCCUGCUUGACAGAAGAAGCCUGUGGCUGAGGCCAUUGCAACAAGGACUAUGACUGUGAAACUUGUUUCUCCGUGGAUACCGGUUUCAGAAAUCUUGUGCCCAGGUACCCACAGUCCUCCUCACAUACCUCAUUUUAUAGAACUUUGCAAGUCCUGACAUUCUGUCAUGUGCUUUGUUAUCCCACAUAGGGUAACAAAGAUUUUUACCCAUUUAAGAGUCUGGAAAUAGGCUGGACCCACUGUUGACAUUAAAGGUGCAUUUCUCUA